AGUGUGCUUAGUUGCAAUUUAAAACGGAUUCAAAGUUCGAAAUAGCGUCCCUGAUGCGGAAGUGAGACUGCAACUUUGACUCUCUUCUGAGCCAGAGGAGACAAUAACAAUGUCCACUGGAUUUGACCUUAAUGUAUAUGUGGCUGGAAUUAGUCCUGUAGACAGACAUUGCAUCUUUGGUAGAUCAGUUCAAGAAUAGUCAAAAGUUGUGUGGUCAUUGUUUUUGUAAGGUCAUAGAGACUAAUAUUCCAAGUGUUGGUAAGCAAUGACAUCAUCUCGAUCGUUCUUGGCCUAAAGAAACUAGUCAAGAGGAGCCUCUGGAUAUCAUGUGUGCACGUAACUUAAUGGCCAACCAAGUCAUUGAGAAGAGAGUGCCCAACAUGAAGAAAGCAGAACUGAUUUUCAUCCCUGCACCUGGAAUCAGCCACCUGGCGCCAACUGUGGAGGUAGGAAAGCUCAUCAUCAACCGUGAUGACCGGCUUUCCAUAACAUUCCUUAUUAUAGAGCCACAGAGAUUUGACUCCAAACUUGCCUCUUACAUUGAAUCACUUGCUUCCUCCACCAUAUCCAACCGUCUCCAAUUCAUCAAACUCCCUCGUCUUGAGCCAACAUCCUCAGAAAAGACCUUGGGCAUAGGUAAGUUGCUCGAGGACCAGAAACCCCAUGUCAAAGAACAAGUGACCAAGAUUGUUCAGACCCAAAAUGGUCCUCAACUCGCUGGCUUCGUUAUUGAUAUGUUCUGUACAUCGAUGAUAGACUUGGCCAACGAGUUUGAGGUUCCCACCUAUCUUUACUUCACAUCAAGCGCGGCUUUCUUAGGACUCCAGUUUCAUCUCCAAACUCUUCAUGAUGAGCAAAACGUGAACAUUUCAGAGUUCGAUGGCUCAGAUGCAGAGUUAGAGCUGCCAGUUUUGCUGAACCCAGUUCCAGCUAAGGUCCUACCAACUCCUUUUCUUAACAAGGACUGGCAGCCUUCUAUCUUGGCUAUUACAAGAAGGUACAGAGAAGCCAAAGGUAUCAUUUUAAACACAUUCACGGAGCUCGAACCACUUGCAGUAAACUCUCUUCUUAUCCCUCCAGUGUACCCUGUUGGACCAAUUUUAAAUCUCAAGAGUGAUAGUGCUGAAAGAGCAGGUGAGGCUGACAAAAAGUCUGAUAUCAUGAAAUGGCUCGAUGAUCAACCUCCAUCAUCUGUGGUGUUCCUGUGUUUUGGGAGCUUGGGAAGCUUUGGUCCGGACCAGGUGAUAGAAAUUGCAUCUGCACUGGAGUUAAGCGGGCAUCGAUUCGUUUGGUCUUUACGGCAAUCCCCACCGGGGGGCGCAGCCUCUGCACCUCCUACUGAGUACACUAGUCUUGUAGAAGUAUUGCCAGAAGGAUUUUUAGGCAGAACGGCUGGGACUGGUAAGAUCAUCGGAUGGGCUCCGCAAGUUGCAAUCCUUUCUCACCCAGCAAUCGGAGGGUUCGUGUCGCAUUGUGGAUGGAAUUCAACUCUUGAGAGUGUAUGGUUUGGUGUUCCAAUUGCUGCGUGGCCAAUGUAUGCAGAGCAACAAUUCAAUGCCUUUCAUGUGGUGGUGGAGUUAGGGUUGGGUGUGGAGAUAAAAAUGGAUUAUAGGAGGUCUUUCAUGGACAAACCUGAAGGUAUAGUGAGCUUCGAGGAGAUUGAAAGAGGAAUUACAAGUGUUAUGGAGCAUGAUAGUGAGGUAAGGAAAAAAAUGCAGAAAAUGAGUGAAUCAAGCAGAUUCGCUUUGAUGGAAGGUGGGUCUUCAUACUCUAAUUUAGGUCGUCUAAUUUCUGAAUUUGUGGACAAUAUUUCUUAGUUUGUGGUAAUUGUUAUGGAAGUCUGACCAUUACCCUUGAUGGUUCCAUUUGGUUU